UGCAGUUUAUUCGUGAAUCAUAAUAAUUUGAUUAAUUUAUUCAGUAUAUUCUGUGGAUUCUGUCCAUGUUUUAAAUGUUAUAGUCUUCAAAUACCGUGUACUACUUCGUGUGACUAAGGGACAUAUUGAUAAGUGACAACAUGAGAAGUGUUAAAUUGGCGUAAAGCGGAAUGUUCAGUGUACAUGUUUACUAUGUGUUUACAUAUUGUGCAAAAGUGUAACAAUCAGUAAUACACCAAAAAAUACUGCGAAGCAGACGAUUAUACUAAAAAUAAACGUAAACAAGCACUAUCACACGGAAAAUACAUUUGUUCAAAAUGGAUAGCAUGGCUUAUGUUGAAGAAUAUCGCGAAUUUUUAGAUUAUUUUAAAGCUCACGUCGAUCCAAAUGACCAACUUCCGGUACGAGUUCCCGGCUACAAUCUCCUGGAGUCGGAAAUAGAUGGAGAAGUUAUCAACUGGGUACUACAAUAUUUACUGCAAAUGAAAUGCCCUCAAGUUUUACUGGCCCCCAUAAUAAAUGAAGCAGGCCAGGAAAUGAAAAAAUCUUACACUAAAAUUCCCAAGCAAUGUGGUUUUGAUGGCUAUGCAUACAAUCCACUAAAGCUUAGUGCAAUAGUUAUUUCUCAUACUAACGGUAUCUGCGAAAGAUUGCUGGAUAAUGCAGAACUAAACGAAAUUUUGACGAAGAGUUCUGCCUCAGUAUUAUCACACACUCCACGACAUUGCGUGAAAGCUAUAAAAAAUACGCGACGAAAAAUGGAAGACCGACACGUGUGCAUUAGUGAUUUUAAUGGAAUGUUUGCCAUUAAAGAUUCCGAGCCAACCAGUUUCUACGGUGUAUUUGACGGUCAUGGAGGUCAAGAUGCCGCCUUUUUUACAGCAGCCCACCUAUGUUACAACAUUGCCAAAAGUUCAAAAUAUCCGCACAAUAUUGAUGAAGCUAUUAGAGAAUCAUUUUUGAAAACCGACGCGGCCUUCAUAGAUAAAUCUGAUAAACAUGCACUAUACUGUGGGACUACGGCAUUAGCGUGCCUUUAUCGUGCAACUGAAAAACGUCUGUUCGUAGGAUGGGUCGGUGAUUCACAAGCUCUGCUAGUGUGCGAAGGAAAAGUAUGCCAAAUUGUGUCACCACACGUUCCAUCGCUAGAAAGCGAGUGUAAACGAAUCGAAAAAAUGGGAGGAGUAGUCUUAAACUGGAAUGGUUCUUACCGUGUUAAUGGACAGCUAGCUGUAUCUAGAGCUAUUGGUGACGCUCAGCUGAAACCGUUUAUAACGGGUGAGCCUGACACAUCAACAAUUAGUCUUGAAGGUACAGAAGACUUCUUAAUAAUUGCAACUGAUGGUUUGUGGGAAUCGCUUACUGAAGAUUUUAUCGCUUUAUUCAUCUACCGGAAGAUUGCGGAAAAUCCGGACUGUGCUGAUUCCAUCGCCGACAAGCUAGUCGAAAGUGCUAGAAAAGGGACAUCGGAUAAUAUCACUAUUGUGGUAGUAUUCUUCAAGGACCCCCAUCUUAUAGCCAAGUCAUCCUGGCUGAAUAAAAUGGAAGCAGCAUAUGACAAAAAUAAUUCCAAUAGUGCUUUUGAUAAUGAUUCAUCACAUUUCAAGUUCAGCAAUACGGACGGUGGAUUCAACAUUUCUUCAGACAUGCCAGUUUCAAAUGAUUCUGAAGAAUGUCAGAUGAUAUCUCCACCGACAUUAGUAAAAAAUUGUUACAACGAAUCAAAUGAUGUGCAUAUAACCGACGAAUCAGUUGACGUUGUUGACAACCAUCAACGAUUUGAGGAUGAUUUUGGACCAGAGACUGACGUAGAUGCAAUGGAUGAAACAACUUUUAUAAAAUCGCCAGUUGAGCCUCAAGCAAACGAUAUCAACAACGAAUUCAGUCUAUCAAAUGGGAUUAAACCAUUUUCUUUAGAAAAUAAAAUCAUGCAACAACUAUCGGAACAAAAUCGAGAAUUUUUAACCGAUAAUAAUCCCUUCAAAAAUGACCGUUUUGAUCAAUACAGUGAUGACCAUGCUGUAUUAGAUCAAACAACUAAACCCUCUGACGACAGUUCGGCAGAAGUGGUUGAUAAUAAAAUUAUUGACGCCCUGGAGUCACUAGCAGUUAGUAAUGGAGAAAAUGAAAAGCACGAGCUCGAAGAUGGAAAACAAGAAGGAGAUUUGCUCGACAUUAGGCAACAGUCUCCAGAUAUUCCUGAUUUAACAGAGAAAGCAGACUAUGUUCAUGAGAAAAACUUGUUCAUGCUCGACUCUACUACGAAACCAGACGACACAUUUAUGCAACAUUCCGACAGCACUUUUAACCAGGCUGAAGAUCAAAAGUCAUCGCUAAUCGAACAAGAUGAUUCGCCCAGUUUAGCCGACACAAGAUGUGUGGAUGAAAGUGUUGGAGAAGAUUCUGAAGAAGAAGAAGAAGAAGACGAAUGGAACUACAUAAAAGGUGAUAAAAAAUCUGAGGAAAAACAUAAUCCAAGUGCAGCAGAACUCGUUGCAGAUUCAGUACAAUCGCCAGAAGUCCAAUCGAUUGAAUCAGUUGUCGAAGUUAUUAACACAACUGUUUCUAACUUAGCACCAGAACCACAGUUGUUUGAUUUUACCGCAGGAGAAACCGUGCAGAUAGAAGAAGAAGUAGAAGCUUCAGGUGAAAACGAAAAAAUUGACGAAACAAAGGAUAUUGUAGAAACUGCAGAUAGCAUUGCCAAAACGGAAGACUUAGUGCGAGAAGCGCUUGGAGAACAGCCUGAAGAUAUCGCAGUUUCAAUCGAACAGGAACUUGCAGAUUAUGAAAACAACUUCUCUACUAUUACAUCCAAUGAGGUAGCACCUUCUUCUGAGAAUUCCGAUCCAGUACCAUCUGACGAAAAACUAAAUCUGGACACUGCGCCAAAUUUGUUGUUGGAGGAAACAUCACCCUCGGAGCUUGUGGCGGAGUGCUCUUCAUCAUCUGAAAUUGCUGCAGAAAACGAACAACCGUCCACAGAAGUUGUGGUAGAGGACAAACCAUUCACGGAUAUAGCUACUGAGGAAGCGCCAUCUACGGAAAUAGUGGCAGAGCAUACAUCAUCUAUGAAUAUUGUUGAAGAUACCCCGUCUACAGAAAUUGUGGUAGAGGAAGCACCUGUUGAGAAGCUAACGACUGAAGAACAGCUCUCUGACAUUUCAAAAGAAACAAGUGUGGACGAAGAGUUAGAACGUCCAGACAGUCUUAGCUUUGAGAUGGCUUCUAAACUUAACCCAGAAGCAAAGGAAUUUGUUCCCGUCAGUUCACCAACCAGGUCCAAUCCGACCAGUCCAGUGGCUAACGCUCCAAGUAUAGUUCCCAACUCAUUUUUGAUGCUCGAUGAUGAUACUGUUGUUGCACAAAGUCCAAAGAAAUUCACCACCACAAUGGAUAAUAUUGAUGUUCCCGCGGAAGACGAUUUCCAGCAUGAAAUGAACAAUAGGCCACAUGAAUUAGAAAAACCUUUGGAAUAUGUCAAUGGCAACGCAGACGUUUCUGCGCGAUCACAUUCUCCUGUUAGUGAACCAUCUUAUCAGGAACUGAAUCUUAAAGAAGCUAUGCAUGCCGACGAAAAAUUGGAACACGAUUACAAUGAUGAAGUCGUAACAGAGGAUAGUCCAUCGGAUAUUACAAAUGAACAAAAUAUUCUGAACGUGCUGAAUAAAGAACAGGAUCCAAUGAAUAUGUCAUUCUAUGAAGGCCGAGAUGAAGCUCUUUUAAGCAACUCCGAUGAACUAAACAAGGUGCAUAUGCUUCCCGAAGUUGAUGAUGAAAUUGAGGAACAAUCAAAUGAUGAUACUGACAAAGUACAGGCGGAUAUUCAUGAACUUACACCAACAGAUUCAAAGCACGGUCACAUUUUGGAAGAUAAAAUGGAAAUUACAGACCCUGAGAGUACAUCACAGCCUUCAUGGGAAGAGAAGUUGCAAUCAAAAUCUCCUGCACCCGGAGAACCAUCAGCUGCAAUUUACGCUGUAGCAUCGCAAGUGGUGAACGAUGUUGCUGCUUUAGUUGAUCAAAUGCAAAUUGAAUCGCCAAUCGUCAACGAUGCUGAUUUGGAACAUGGUGAAGAGCUACGUCUAGAGGUACCAGUAGAAAUGCCAACAGAAAUUAUUACUGAUAAUACCAAAUUGGAAGAAAACCGUGAUAUUUUGAUUAGUCUUGAACUCCAGAACGAAAUUAAACCUUUAGAAGACGCUAUCGAUAUCGGAGAACACAUUGAGUCACCUUCUCGUAACCCAGUAGAAAAUAUUCAUACUACCAAAACGGAAGAAUUAAUUUCGCCGUUAGUAGAGUCCUUACAAGAGGAGGUAGUUGCCGAAAAUGAAUUCAUCACAGAUGAGAGUGUAUUAACUGUACAGUCUCCUUCUCAGUCCAUGUUUUCAGCAGAAGCUCAUACUGAACCAGAACCAGUAUUGGAGGAGACUAUCAAAGAAUCAAUAGCCACAGUUACUACCGAAAACUUAGUAGUCGAACCAGUUGCUGAAUUAAUUAAAACUGCAACAACUCCUAACCUAUUAGAAACAGUUACACCAGUUCUGGAACAAGUAUCAGCUGUCCCUGAUGCCGAUAAGGUCGUUGAAGAAUUGAAACCCGUAGUUACUGGAAUGAAAUCAGCAACUACCAAACCAACAGUCAAAUCUUCAACAAUCACUAAACCAACCGCAUCCAAAGCAACUACAACGAAAACUGCGAAACCAGCAGUACCAACUUUUGAGAAACAGACUACAACGACAGCAAAACUAAGCACAAAACCAGCCACCACCAAACCAUCGACUAUAUCAAAACCGCCAACGACAAGCACUAUUAAGAAAACAUCUACUGCUAGCAGUGCAUCAUCCGCUCGAACAGCUGGUGUCGCUAAACCGUCUUCGUCUUCAACAAUUGGUCGUUCCAGUACUGCCGGAAGUGCGACAAAUAAAAUUUCAGCAGAAAAGAAGGCACCAUUAACUGUCAAAAAACCAGCGAUGACUGCCGUUAAUGGUGAAGUAAAGGCAGCUCCUGCUGCUAGAAAACCUACUACUACUCUUAAACCAACAACUAUCGCCAAAAGCUCUGCAACUAGCAGCGGCAGUGCCACCAGUGCUAGGCCAUCAAGUGCGUCUGUGAGGUCGACAACAGCGAAACAAUCAAUGGCCACAACGAAAUCCACGACGUCAUCAGCACCCGUAAAAUCAAGUACUACCAUUACUGCUCGUACUUCGUCCACUGUGCCUCCAGCUAAGCCACGAACGGUACCAUCCACAGUAAGCAAACCUGCCACAUCUACAACAACAACGACUACAGUUACGAGUAAAUCCAGUUCGAACGCUAUCACCAAAAGGUUCAGCACCGUUGGGACUGCAGCACCUAAAGCACCGACUCCAACUGCAACAACCAAGACGACAACUGCUGUGAAGACCACCAAUCCAGUUGCCAAUCGUACAUCUACGGUUUCAAAGCUGAGCAGCACUACUGUCACAGGAGUACGUAAAACUACAACCACAUCGCCAACCAAGAAGCCAGUUUCAUCGCCAGUUACAAAGACCACACCAUCAUCCAUUAAAGCUCCUGUAUCGAUGAAAAUUGCUGGUUUAAAUCACACCAAUGGCAAGGUUUCAACUGAAGUUGCCACUACCACUGAUCUAUUGGAUCUCGACAAACAAUUUAAAAACGAUAACAAUCAACUUAUUACAAAUAAUGGCAUUGAAUCACAAAUGAUGGUGAUCGACUCGGCCGGCGACUAAAUUGUUGUUCCUUUUUGUUAAGUAUCAUUUUCAUAUUUUUUUUUUAAAUUUUGUGACAAAAUGUGUGCACGGCAAUUAAACUAUUAUAUAUCGAUCAAAAAAGCACAAUAGAAUCUUUAUGAUUAUUACAUUACACACAGUGAUACUAAUUAGUACAUGUAGUCCUAAGAUUCCGCUUUCCAGUACGUCUGGUUUAGCAUUUGAAGAUGCUUUUGUUUUUUUUUUCUAAACAAUCAAAUGGUAAACAAAAAACGAAGUGUUCAAUUUAAGAAGACUAGGCUAUUCAAGUAACCAGUAAGCCAGGUAUAUCAAUAACUAGGCCAUGCAUGACUAAUAAGCAGUAUUUAUAUGGCCAUUUUAGCGAUAUAUAGUGGUUACUUGGAUAUUUUCUGAUAGACGUAAAAUGAAAUUAGGUGGUGUCAGUCCAAAAUGAAAAGCUUUCAGAUCAAUUUUCAAUCGCAAUGGUCUAAAAUUAUUUAUUUAUUUAAAACAGCUUAGUCUGUUUACUACUUGAAAAAAAAACAGGGUAGCGUCGGUUGGUCUCCUGGUACCAACAAUAAUCGCCCUCGACAUGAUUCCUUUGGUGACUUUGGUGAUGUUCCUUUUUCUCAUGUUUCGUACAUGUACUAGAAAUUGUGGAUCAUAUUAUUUAAAUAUUACUCAACUGCGAUUCCUAAUCAGCUUUAGGUGUUAGGUUAGUUGCAAAACAAGUUCAUUGCAAAUAGAAUUAACAGAACAUAAAAAACUACACGGAAUUUCGCCAAAAUGUUUUACUAGACCUUUUCUUAGAUCACAGAUUGGUUAAGCAUAGAACAUUGGAUAUUUUAUUUGAAAAUUUGUUCCAUUUAACAUUGAUUCUCGACAAUUUGCCUAAAUUCUACGCACGUGUGGUCAUUUUGUCGGUAUGUUUUGGAAACAUUGCAAUUCUUCCAUUUGAAAUUUGCAAUUUAAAAAUGAUAAUGAUGGAUAAAUGAACGCGUAAAUGUUGUCGCUAAUACUGAAAAAGUUCUUUCGCGUUUAGAAUCACGGUAACCCAGGAAAGGUUGUAGGAAAAGUUGCAAUUAUCCAUUUAAUAUAAAAAACGUUUUCUGGAACUAUGAUAUUAUGAUCAUAUUUUUUAAUUGCAAGUUACAAGAAUAGGUUGCAAAGUAUGUGCUUCUGUCAAUUUCCCUUCUUGAGAGUCGAAAUCCUCGAUUUUACCAUUUUUCACUCACUUAUUCUGUGGUUAUAAAAUCGAAAGCGAAAUUUACAGGUUUUAUGUGUCAAACACAUAGCAACCGCUUCUUGUAACUUACAAGUAAAUCAAGUGAUUUAAUUAUUCCGAAAAACAUAUUGUUCUGCGACAUGAGCAUUUGCAAACUGGGUUGUGUUGUAGGUAAAGUACGGCAAACUAACUGUUUUAGUGCUGCUUGUAACAGAUUUUCAGCGAUUUAUAUAGCUUGUAAUAAUUAAUGUUUGAUUGAAAUAUUUUAAAUUCUUAUUUAAACUAUAUUUAUUAUGAUUGCAAUUUCUACUCGAAUCGUCUAUGAAUUUGAUAACAAUGUGGAAAAAGAUGACACUUGCACAAUUUCCAAUUUAGUACCAAGUAGGUACCAAACAAAAUCAUACACAUACGGUUUAAAGCUGACUGAUAGUCUGUCGCGUUUGACAUAAGGACGUUUAGCAUAAGGACGGUUUUUGCAUCACGAACAUUUGGCAUAAUGGACAUUUGGCAUAAUCGAUAUGAUUCGAUAUAUUUUCGGAACCAACAGCUAAUUUACAAUCUAUGAUUAUUCCUUUUUUGAAUGCUGAUCUUUCUUUCUCAAAACCCAAACAGUUCUUCUGUGAGAUAUUAGGGCUUGGAAGGAUAGCUCAUGUUUGAAAGAAGGAAAAAUCUGCUGCAACAAUAUUAGCCAAAGCUCAUAACUAAAAAUGUCCUAAGCGGUCACGCACAAUCCAUGAAUAUUCAAAAAAGGAAGUGUUUCCUUCCUUGUUAAAUAUUAGAAAGAAAGAAAUUCUCUUCUUUUUGAAAUAUUAAAGAAAGGAUUAUUUAUUAAAUAUUUGAAGAAGGACAUAUUUUUACAAGUCACUAGAACAACAAUUCUAUACGAGCAGCAAUGAAAAGAAGUAAAUCGUUGGUUGUAAAUUAACUUUUAGCAUCGCCGAUUCGUAAUGAAUAUGCCAAAGGCCGUUAUGUCUAAUGUUCAUUAUGCCAAAUGUACCAGACCCGUAGCUUCCCUUAACGAAAAUCCGAGCAAAUUAUUCAAUUAGUGAUGCGAUCGACAGCAUUUUAUCAAGUAUGAACCAUGCAUAAAGCUUACAUGCACUCAACGUAAACUUUGCACUACAUACUUAUAUUGUAGAUCAUUCGCAAAUCGAAUCCAACAAAACGAAACCUUUACAGCGAAGUCCUCUCAUAGUAGAUAAACGGUGUUUUGCAAUAUUGUGCUCAUAUAGUGGGUUUUUCUUUAUUUAUACAUCAACUAGUAAUUUAUUUCAAUAAUAACGAACAUUAUCAUCAAACAGACUAAGUUUCAACUAAAUAAAAAUAAUAUCAUUCUUUGUCCCAUCUUUGGAUGUUUUUUAGGAUAGUUUAAGAAAAUGCUUGAAACACGCAAACCAACAAUAUCAUCGGUUAGAAAAAAUUCUCCCGAUAGUGGUAUUGGUUUGCGUGGGCGUUCUUCGGUUCGCAUGGAAAGGACAUUACAAGUUUUGUUUACAAAAGCUUUUGUGUCGUUUUCAAAUGUUACGCCGGAGUUUAUCAGCUAGUCUUACAAUGUCUGUGUAUCGAAAAACGCACAAAACGAAUAAUAACAACAGGAAAGCUGUAACACGAAACAAAGCAAACGACACCAUUUAGGCCACUUUUGAUUAAUUUUCGCUUGCUAUGUAAAUGUGGUAAUACUGCAAAUAGUGAAUAUGGAAAAUCAUACUGAAUGUCCACUUAUGAAUACACUCUGCAAAAAUAUGGUCACGUUAAACUAAAUUAAUUAUCUAAAAAAAAAAGCAUUUUUGACAUGCUAUAAUUUGCGCAUAUUUUGUUGCUAGAAGUCAUUAAUGUUACUGUUUUAUUCGUUGAACUUAUAAAGGACUGCUACUAUUACACGUAAAGUAUCGACCAAUUAAUGCCCGUAGCUAAUAUUGAAAAUCUUUUUCAAAAAUAGUAAUUAUAUUUGCAAAUUAUGCAAAUAUUCGCGUUAAAUGGAACCAUUCGAACAACCACUCAAUCAUGAACGGAAAAUCAGAGAACCUUAGACUGGCAAAAGGACUACAAAAUAUUUCAGUUAUCAUAUUACGACGAUAGUGGAUACAAAUUUGUUGAUGCUAGUAAGAGAAAAGAUUAUAAUAUUUAUCGCUUGGUUGUGUAUUCUUUAACAUUUGAAUUUUUAAAGAAUGAUUAUUGGAACUGAUAUAUAAUUUAACACACCAUUACCUUAUAAUAAUAAUGGAAGAAUAAUAACAAUAAUAUACUUAUGCUUGCAAUUUUA